ACUUAGUAGAUUCACAUGAAGACUUUUCUCGCGAUUCGGUCCGAAAAAAAAUGAGUGUUGAUUCAAGGUGGUAAUCGAGUAGAAAACAAGGAGUUUCUCACCCUUUGCCUCUCAACUUCAAGCACAAAGACAAACUCAAAUUAACAUUUAUUUCAAGAGUGAUAUCAAACUGUAACAAGUGGCCAGACUUGCACAUCAACAGUAACAACAUGGGUAAUCGCAUAAGUUCGGAUCGCGUUCUCAGCGGACUGCGCCGGGGGCAAUCAAGAUGCACUCUCGGUGGGAUGCUAAAAUUCUUAGACCCGAGUUUCGAACCGGAGUCCGAACUCGAUGAAAUCCUUCGCUACAUGCUUCAGCACUUGCUGCGGUUCUACGUCCUACUGGAUGUGGAUCAGAUGCAACGAGUGGGUUUUUUACUGAGGGACGACUUAGACCGAUUCAUGAUGGAAUAUAUUAAGGCUGUACCUAAAAAUACAUCUUUGGGCGCAUGCAUCCUUGAAACGUAUGGAGGAGUAUCGAUCCACCUAAGAAAAAUAAAAAUACUCCCCAUACUCUUCAACAACAAGGAUGCACUUGAACAACAAGGAUGCACUUGUCUUGAACAAAGAUGAAUUAGAAUUACGGACCACGGCUCUAAAUAUAUCAAUUCAGGGGAACGCGCUUUCCCUCACAUCAGACGCGAAUGCUUGGAACGAUUCGUUGUUGGGGAAGAAGUUGUAGCAACAUCUUCUUCUACAACAAGACCUCCUGGUGGUGGUGGUGCUGGUGUUCCUCAACAGGAUCGUGAUGGUGAAGACCACGACGACCCGUACGUGAUUCAGUGUGUUUCGCAGUUGAUAGAGUUUGCAAACGGUGGCAGAGGUCUGGAAACUACCACACGGGAAAAUCUAGCUGCGUCGGAAGUGGAGAAUAUGUACCGAUUGAUGGCAAGGGACGGCCUUGAUGGAGUGUGCAACCUAGCGGAGUUUUUGAAUUAAGGCAGGAGAGACGUCACGGUCACUACAUCAGUCGCUGGAUAGACAAAGCUUAGAAGAAGAUGGUAUUUGCUUCAGAAGUUGAUGCUGUUCCUGAACUACUUGAAGGAGAGACUACGACUACAACCCGAAAACUACAUCAAACUACAAUAAGAAACUUCUAGCUGUAUCUAAGUACUCACUCUAAUGUCCAGUCCUUGAAAUCGAAGAGUCCGUGACGCCGAAAGGAGGAGCAACGCCUUCAAACGCGGGACAGAUGAACCAUCAGUCUAGCGAAGAUUUGGAUGACGACGACGAGGACGACGACCCACGUUGCUAUUCACGAGACAAACUCGAGAAAUUUCUUUACCGAUAUUUGAGGAACAUACGAACGAGCCCCUUUUUUGAAGACGUUGUUACUUGUGAAGACAUUGCGGCUAAUUCAUCAACAAACCCUAGUAGUACUACUAAACACGGUCACGGUCGUGUGCCCUUUAGUGACGAUGAAAUCACGCAUUGCUCGUCUGGGCUGGUGAUAAAUUGAAGCGAGUCUCAGUUGGUGUAAGUGGCACUCAGGAGCAGGCAACAAAUGCGCGUGUCAAAUUCUUGGCAUCAAGACGCACAUCUCUCC